CCGGAAACGUGAAGCUUAAACUUCGUAAUAAAUUUGCCCUCAAUUUUAGAUGGCAUUUAACCGACCACCGAAUGACCGCUCAUUGACGUUUAAAGAAAUUGCGACAGAUGCUAGGAUAUCGUUAGAUGAGGUAAAUAUGAACUAUAAACUUUAUGACCCUUUACUAAACCUUGAUGUGUUUCACAGGAAUGGAAAAAGUAUCGGGCAGUAUUUUGAUUACCCAACCCUUGAGUUGUUUUGUUUUUCAUUUACCCAACCUAAAACUCACUCAAAAUUUUGUUUACCCAACCCUUUUCUCUUCGGUGCCCCCCCCCCUCGCCAUAAAUAAUGACCGCUCCCUCAUACUCACUAGUAAAUUAGUUUGCCAUGAGAGCAUGGUAUAGUGCAUACAAAAUAAUCUGCUCUUAAUAGGAAUGUAAAUUUUUCUACAGGUCGAGCUACUAGUUAUGAAAGCGCUAUCUAUUGGAUUAAUUAAAGGUAAGCCCUACCUAACUAGCAAAAAAUGGCGUAGCUUGUCUACAUGUUUAAUGGCUUUGCGUUAUUUUCAGGCAUCUCGAAGACCAUUUUAGGUAUAUGAGCAUUGUUAUUUGAACAUGCGAACAUAAUCAGUCGAGAUUGUCGCCCGUAUUCUAAAAGCCCACUCACACUCAAUGAGUGGAGGUUCAAUCUGAGCUUCUCUUCAGUGUCAAUGCUGUUUUUGAAUAACUGGAGGGUGAGUAGUCACAUAGUAAGGUAUGACACUAACCCUCCAGCUAUUCAAAAACAGCAAUGACACUCAAGGGAAGCUCAGAUUGAAUCUCCACUCAUUGAGUGUGAGUGGGCUUUUAGAAUACAGGCGUUAGUUGCGAAACUCGAAGCAUUUAUAAUGAGCUGCAUUCUAAUAUAUUUUCUAUUGCGAUGACCUACUGCAUCUGUGCACAAAUCUUUUCGAGAUUUUCUCAUCUCGUAAGUUUUGUAAAAUUUUCAAAAGUACGGAUGACUCCAGUAAACGCUUUCUUUAUUUUACCAACAUUUUGAAUACACCGUGUGUAUAACUCCCUGCAACGUUUUCCUUGACAAGUUUACUUUCUCGUGUGUACGGUCAACAAGUUUUCCUUGACAAGUUUACUUUCUCGUGUGUACGGUCAACAAGUUUUCCUUUGACAAGUUUUGUGGCUUGUGUGCACGGAAUGUUGUUAAACAUUUAUUUCACGUCAAGACCGCCAUUUGUUUGCCAAAACCACAGAAGUAUUUCUUGUACGAAAAACCAGUUUCAUAUUAUUCUGACACUGGAAUCGACCAACGAAAAAUUCGUUGGCGCGAGCGGGAUUUGAACUCGCAUCUUCGGGUAUCUAGACCGCCGCUCUACAAUACCCAUUGAGCUAUCGAGUCAACGGGGAUUGGUAGCGAGUCUUAUCCAAUGACUACUGUAGCUUUGCAGCGAGGCUCGGUGGCAAGGAAAAAUUGUCAUUUUUUUGCCCUACACACGAGCAAAGAAAAGUUUGGAAGGAAAACUGCCCAUCUGUAUGAGGCUUACGUCUUGAUGAACAAUUACACCCGUUUUCAAAAUUACGCGACCAAGGACGAAAAUGCUAGAGUUGACAUAUCAGUUUUAUGUCAUUCGAUCACGAAGUUGAAACUUUGAGUUUCGCGGUUCCUUGUCGAUGCAUGUAUAUGCUUUGUAUGCUUCAUAUAAACAGACUUACAAUGAUUUUCAAGAUAUUUUAGUGAGAAUUAUUGUAAAAUUUAAGCACAACAAAAUCAUACAUCACCGUUAUAGUCUAGCGCGCGUGUUUUAUACUGCCAGCUAAAUUCCAGGAUAAAUUGUUAUUUUCAAACUUUAAAAGUCAUUCACGGCACAUAUUUCUGUUGUGAUGGUUUGUAUUGUGCUUUAGUUUGUAUAUCUAAGUUAUCUGACUCAUUUUUGUUCAGUUUUGGUAUUAAAUACGGUUUAAAAUGUCUUUAGACAGUUUGUUUACGUUUGCUAUUUUUAGCAGUUCUUGUGACAUAAAACUGACAUUUGAAGUAGGAGUAUUUUUCAGGGAGGUCGCGUAAUUUUGAUAACGGGUGUAAACAUGAAAAGUCGAAGCAAGACUUUGCAGACAUAUUACAGUAUAUAGGAAGUUGGUUGCAUUACCUGCUAUUUUCCUGGUCUAAGAUGCUCGUGUUUUUUCUUCUCAUUUGAUUAGGGUCGAUAAACGAGGUGAACAAGAUGGUCCAGAUUUCCUGGGUACAGCCGCGAGUUCUAGACAGAAAACAGGUACCAUAUUGUGAGCACUUGGUGUCGUAUUGUGUGAUGGUAUCGUAUGGUAUUGUAUGGUGUGAUGUGGUAUGGUAUUGUAUGGUGUGAUAUAGUGUGGUAUGGUCACUAUGGUGUAGUGGUAUCGUGUGGUAUGGUGCAGUAUGGUGUGGUAUGAUAUGGUGUAGUAUGGUAUGGUGUGGUGGUGUUGUGUGGUGGUAUUGUGUGGUGGUGUGGUAUGUUAUGGCAUAGUAUGGCGUGAUAUGGUAUGGUAUGGUAUAGUCUGAUAUGGUAUGGUAUAGUAUGGUAUGGUGGUAUUGUGUGGUAUGGUAUGGUGUGAUAUGAUAUGGUUUGGUAUGGUGUAGUUUAGCGUGGUAUGACAUAGUAUAAUGUGGUAUGGUAUGAUAUGAUAUUCAAUACAGAUAAUCAUUAUUUAGAUUUCCAGUAUGAAAGAUCGUUUAUCAGAAUGGUGUGAGAAGACAAAGAAUACGACGUACAUGGUUGAAGAUCAAGUCCCAGAACUAUUAAUAUAAACUACAGAAUUGUACAUAAUACCUAAACAUAUUCCUAAUGUCAUUUUGUCUGUCAGUUUGUUUAAUAAAACCGUUUAAAACAUUC